GGUUUUAUAUUGGACUCCUCCAAGAUGACUAUAUCCUUACCAAAGGACAAGCGAAUAGUUAUACUUGAACAUCUGCGCAAAUUCUUCAAUAAACAAUCUUGCAAGAUUCGAGAUUUUGCAAGGCUCAUAGGAACGCUAAAUUCCAUUUGCCGAACAGUUGCUUAUGGUUUUGUAUACAUUCGAGACUUUGAGAGAAAAAAGUUCCUCGCUUGCAUAGACUCUAAUAAUGAUUACGACGUUCGUAUGAUGCUACCCACAUCACUCCAGCCUGAUUUCAGGUGGUGGCUGCACAGGUUGCGCUCCCCACCGAUUGAACGACCGUUACUAAGACGAAAGUUUUCUCACGUAAUCUUUUCAGAUGCUUCACCUUCCGGUUGGGGUGCCUCUAUGGGUAGGAAGCAAACGCACGGCUGGUGGUCCGACCAGGAUAGAGAUGAGCAUAUCAAUUUUCUCGAAUUGAAGGCUGUGGAAUACGCCCUCCGUUCUUUCGUGGACAAUCUCCACUCCCGAGACAUAUUACUCCGGGUCGAUAAUACGACAGCGAUUGCUUACAUCAACAGGGGCGGUUCUUUGCGAUUUCCGAAACUUUCAGCUCUUGCAAAGUCGAUUUGGCAAUGGUGUGAGUCCCGCGAUUUAUAUCUUUUUGCAUCUUACAUUCGAUCUGCCGAUAAUGUCGUAGCCGAAAGAGAAUCUCGAAUCGUUUCGGUUGAAACCGAGUGGGAGAUCACUUCCCGCUCUUUCGACAGGGGUUUAGAGCAUUUCGAUCCUUUCGACAUCGACCUCUUUGCGUCCUAUAUCAACGCAAAAUGCCAGACCUUCGUUUCUUGGUUUCCGGAUCCGUUCGCGACCGCCAUUGAUGCUUUUACGCUAGAUUGGAGUGAAUUUUAUUUUUAUACCUUUCCACCUUUCGUAUUAAUUACUAAAGUUUUACGGAAAAUAGUCAAUGAUGGAGCAGUACCUAGGUGUUUUAGUGGUUCCCAGAUGGCCAGCUCAACCGUGGUUCCCAGUUUUUCAUAAAUUAUGUAUUUCCGACAUAAUU